UAAGUGCACUAUACCGGUACGACUAUUUGUUUAGUACAGGUAACACUGUGUGCUAUCAAGAUGUCUUAAGGGUGGGGCAUGGUUAUCUGGAGAAAUUUUUUACUCAACGAAAGUUUAUUCUUACACAUUUGAAAAAAUAUAUUUGAGUAAUUAUUAAAGAAAUUGCCGUUGUGUAAAAUCGUAAUCAACAUUAUGUAUUCGGAAAAUUGCACGAAUGUGUAAUACGCCUAUCAAUAUUCGUGAAGCGAACUUUAAAUAAUUUAUUGAAAACGGGCGUUUUUCUUUUUAUUGUGCAUUUUAACUGUACCGCCCAGGUACAUAAUCCAACCAGUGCGAGUAAACAUCAAAUAUUUCAUUUUAUAAGCAUAUGCAGCAUUUUGUUUUUUAACUAAUUAUAAUUUGAAAGCAACUUUUGUUGUAUACAUUUUAGUAAAAUUUUUAACGGGUUUUUCUUUUUUUUUUAUAUAUAUUUAUUUAUAUCAUAUUAGAAAUUUAUUUUAAUUAUAAAAAGUAAUAAUGGUGUUCAAUAAUGAAGUUGACUACCAGCCUUUUCAGUCAUUUGUAAAUGUUGAUACAAUUCCAUUAAUCAUUCCUGAAUGUGCAAUAACAAAAAAACAGCCAACUAAAACAUUUUCAGAAAUUCAACAUCUAAUAACUAAUGGACGAUAUAAGGAGGUAAAAAAACUUUUACGUUCCCAUAAUUGGCCUGCUGAUAAUAAUAUUAGGAAUCAACUAUGGUCUUCACUUUGCAAACAACAUAAUAAUAAUAAUAUGAGUGAAGGAUUUUAUUGGGAUUUGGUAGUACAACUUUUUGGAACUAAAGAACUACCUGAUAAAACUAGUGUUUUACCACCUUUUGUUGACACAAAACAUAGACAUGUUUAUCAUUUAAAUGCAAUGGGAAAAGAAGUCGCUGAGCGUGUUGUCUGUGUUCUUGGUUUUGCAUGCCCUGAUAUAACCUUUAGUCCUGUAAUAUAUUCAUUGGUGUCAUUAUUUUUACAUUAUAUGCCUGAAGAAGAAUGUUAUAACAGUGUCACUAGUUUAGUAUCUUCAAAGGGGUUAGUGUUUAUGACUCAAACAAAAUCUUUAUAUGAGGUAACUUGGCGUACAGUAAUGCGAAUAGCUAAAAAAUAUGCUAAUAGUGCAACUUUUCAUUUAAAUAAAUUUUGUACAGCAUCAAAAGUAGAACAUAUAUUUGCUGAAUGGAUAUGGUGGAUUUUUCAAGGUUUGCCAUUUUACCAUAUAGUACGAGUAAUAGAUUGUUAUCUACAUGAAGGUAUUAAAGUAUUAUAUAGAGUUGCUAUAACUAUACUUAAACUAUUUCACAAACAUUCAUCCAAAAGAAACUCAAUAUGGGCUCAAGAAGCUUUAAAUAAUGGAUUAGAAAUUACUUUAGUAAAAUUUUGUCGACAAAUUCCUGUUAAUCCUCAAAAAUUGCUCAAAAUUGCAUUUAAUAUUAGAGCAUUAAGUGCAACUUAUAUACAUAAAAUAUUCUUAAAAACUGAAAUGUCACUAAAAUCCAAAGCAGUUGUAUCAAAUUCCCACCAAUUAAUUAGAUCUCGUUCGACUGAAAAUUUGCCUACAAGUCAAUCUCAAGUUAAUAUUCAAUUAAUGUCUCAUACUCUUAGUACUCGAGAACUUUUUACAUUGUGGUCAUGGCUUCCUAUGCGUAUAACAAUGUAUCAACCAAUUUUAUUAUAUACAACAGAAGAACAUGGUUGUAGUUUAACAACAUUCUAUUUUAGAGUUGAGCAACAUGAGCCUACCUUACUUAUUAUAAAAACAUGUAAUAACGAUGUAUUUGGGGCAUACUGCUCAACAAAAUGGCUCGAAAGAAAUAAAAAAGAUGAAAGAGGGAAUAGGACAGCUUAUUUUGGAACAGGAGAAACAUUUCUAUUUAGUCUUUAUCCUGAAAGAUCAAAAUAUCCUUGGGUAGGCAUGGAAAAUGAUAAUGUUUGUCAUUCAAAUGAACUUUUUAUGGCUGCUGAUUCCAAAAUGAUAACUAUUGGUGGAGGUGAUGGACAAGCAAUAUGGAUGGAUGAAAAUAUCAGAUUUGGAAAAACUGAUAGCUGUUCAACUUUUAAUAAUCCACCUCUUUGUCCCGGAAGAGAUUUUGAAAUUAAGGUAUUAGAAGUUUAUGGCUUCGGAGGUGCGAUUUUAUGAUGAAGUGAUUGUUAUUUUGAUAUAAUAUUACAAGUAUUAGUGAAGUGGUCAUGGGCGGAGAUAACAUUCUUCAAUCAAUAUCUACAUCAAAAUAUGAUACUUACCCUGGAAUUGAAGAUCUUGAAGAGGAAGAUGAUAUUGCUGAAUCGCUUGAUAUUCAUACUG